AUGAUGUCACAUUUUCCCAUUGUUUUAGAACAAAAGACCAUCGUUCUCCAAAGUAUUGGUGUGACUGCCCCACCCCUCAUCAUUGAAAUUGAAAACAACCCUAGUUUGUGUCUCAUUUGCAGGAGCCAAUUGAAGCAAGUAAUGAAUGUGCAACUUGCAUCCACCUUAAGCCUAGCGCACACUAGCGAUUUUGAAACGAGUACCAAGGAGCAUGAGAAAGUUAUAUUGCCUAAUGGUUCAAUGUUAAUUUUCCUUGAAGCUGCUGAUGUGGAGAAAAGAAUACGUUCUUUGAGAACACAAUAUGUACGUUCUCAGAAAAUGCCAAGUAGUGGAAGGCCAAAAAGGACAAAGAGAGUACAAUGGCUUGAAGAAAAACUGCAAUUUCUCAACAAACAUGUUGGGAAUAAAUUAUCAAUAUCAAACAUGCAGGAAACUGAUGAUGUUGAUGAUUCAGAAAGAAUAUCUUUUAAUGAGGAGGAUGAAGAGGCAGAUGAAAAUACAGAGGCUUCUUUUGUUUCCGAGAAAAAAUCUACAAAGAAGCCAACAGAAACAAUGAGGAAAGAGAAAAACAACAAAAGAAAGAGAGAAGAAGAGGAGAUGGAAGUGUUGAAAAAGCUGGCAUCGUCAUUGGAAGAUGACCCCAAAGCACCAAAGAGCACACCUUGUAUUGCCUUUGGUAAAUAUGUUGGCCAAACAUUGUCAGCAAUGGAUGAGCGGACAGCCAUGAUUGCAAUGAACAAUAUCCAAAAUGCAUUGUUUAAGGCACAAAUGGGUAUUGGAGGAAAUUUGACAGGCCAGCAAUAUUUUCCAAGCCAGCAUCAAUUUUUAAGCCCACAAAACAGCAGUGCAAGGCCUAAUUUUUCAUUCCCUGAAAUGGUUAAUUCACCCAGGGAUAGUAAUUCAAGUUACUGA